AUGGAUUUAGGAAGGAGAGGGUUUAAUCCUGGUAAAAUUCUUUUAGAAAAUCUAGGAAUAAACCAGCUAGAAAGUUGGUCCAUAAGGAAAGUUGUUUCUGGAGGAAUGACUUCAGACAUAUGGAACAAAGCAAUCUACGGUCAAAUAGUACCGUACACACAAUCUGUAGCUUGUGAACUUAUAGGAGCUUAUUUGGAAGAGAUUGCAACUGCGCUGAGCAGUUACACUGGAGAGCUGUGCCAGUCAGAGAUUGAUCACUGCAUCCAGCAGCCAUGCCAAAAUGGAGGCACUUGUUCAUCCAACAUCCAUGGAUUCACUUGUCAGUGCCCAGAAGGGUUUUUAGGAGUCUCCUGUGAAGAAAAAAUAGACCCUUGUGCAUCAUCUCCCUGCCAGAACAAUGGAACUUGUUAUGCAGAUAGACUUGUCUACUCCUGCAGUUGUAGUUCUGGAUUUACAGGACCUACGUGUGCGCAGCUGAUUGACUUCUGUGCUCUGAAUCCUUGUGCACAUGGCAUCUGUCGCAGUGUUGGAACCAGUUACAAAUGCCUCUGUAGUCCCGGUUACCACGGCCUUUACUGUGAGGAAGAAUAUAAUGAAUGCCUUUCUACACCCUGCCAGAAUGGGGCCACCUGCAGAGACCUCGAAAAUGGCUACAAGUGCUUGUGUCUUGCUGAAUAUGAAGGAAGUCUCUGUGAAUUAUACAAAGAUCCUUGUGUUAACAUCAACUGUCAGAAUGGUGGCACUUGUGACAGUGAAGGACUGAAUGCCACAUGUAUUUGUGCACCUGGAUAUGCAGGUGAAGAAUGUGAAAUUGACAUUAACGACUGUGACAGCAACCCAUGUCACCAUGCUGGAACUUGCAUAGAUCAGCCCGGUGGUUACACUUGUCACUGUCCACAUGGGUGGGUUGGUGCAAACUGCGAAAUACAUCUGCAGUGGAAGUCCGGGCACAUGGCAGAGAGCCUAACAAAUAUGCCUCGUCACUCCCUUUAUAUCAUAAUUGGAGCUCUCUGUGUAGCAUUCGUCCUGAUGCUGAUUAUUCUAAUUGUGGGAAUAUGUCGCAUCAGCCGUAUCGAAUACCAAGGCUCUUCCAGGCCAGCCUACGAAGAGUUUUACAAUUGUAGAAGCAUCGACAGUGAAUUCAGUAAUGCAAUUGCUUCUAUCCGACAUGCCAGGUUUGGCAAGAAAUCCCGACCUGCAAUGUAUGAUGCAACCCCCAUUGCUUAUGAAGAUUACAGCCCUGAUGACAAACCUUUGGUUACGCUGAUUAAGACAAAAGAUUUGUAACCUAGUGUAUCUUUUUUGGAUUAUUUUUCAAAAGGAUGGGCUACUAACCUAAUUUAAAUAUUUUUAAGAAGAAAGCAUAAGUAAUUUAAAACCAUUAGAUGCUUCAGAAUUUUCUGUAGAAUAUUUAAGAACCAAUUUUCUGCAGCUUUUAGUUUGGAAAAAUAUUUUAAAACAGAAUUUGUGAACUUCAUGAAUUACAUUUUAAUGUACCUUGAGCUCUAUAAACUAUAAGCUUAUGAUAGUGUGUGCUUUUUUCUUGGUAGACACUAUUUACUAAGCCCAGAUUGAGUUUCUUGUGCUUGUUACAGAACAGAAAAUAAUAAUUAAUGAGGAGUUCUUUAUGACAUGUCAGUGCCAGCUUUCUCAGUAGAGGUAGGAAAAAUGUGAAGCAUAAUAUGAUAUAUAAUAUAUCUAUUAAUUAAAAAAGUCUAAAAUGUUUGUGUUGUGAAGAAGAAACUAGUAAAAAUUAUUAUUCCUAAUCUGAAUGAAUUAGCUUUUGCCUUAUUCCAUGCAUGGAUAGAUAGCCUAUUUCUCCAUUAUUUCCUGAAAGUUGCUGGAACAUACUCUUGAGUUGAUGUUUGACAUUUUUGUAAUAGUAUUCAGGCUAGGCCUUGUAUAAUAAUUAAAGUGCCUCUUGAGGCAAAGUAAGGGCACGAUCCUUUAAGCAUUGAAAUCAAUGAAAAAACUUCCAUUGACUUCAGUGGGCAUGGGAUUAGAUCCUACAAUUGGACUGAAUCUAUAUUUUUCUUUAAAGGUUGAAGUUUUUUAUAUUGUGAGUAACCUAAGCAUAUGGUUUGAGUUGUUUGUUUCCUAAGGUUGUUGAUGUACAGUAUUGUUUCAUGAAAUAUUGUGUAUUUCUCAUAGUGCUUCUAAUUUAGGAUCAGUAUGGUUUAUUUGUGGCUGUAUUUGAUUGCUUAUGGUCUUCUUAAAAUUCUCGCUUAUUUCAGAAAAUAUUGAAUAAAUGUUAUCAAGU